AUGACCCUUAUUGGAUUAAUUAUCGCUUUCUGUAUUAUUCCUUCAGUUGUCGACGCUGAUUGUCUCUCAGGGAACUGGACAACGCGUGUUGCUACAGAUGGAAAUACAUAUGGUUAUCAAGUACUUGCGAGAGACUGGCUUAAUUUUUAUGAGGCCCGCGCUUUAUGUCUCGGAGUUGGAGGAGAUGUGGCAUCUAUCCACAGUAACGCUGAGAAUGAGUUUGUUCGCCAGUUGGCCGCCCCCUAUAUUAUCGGGUGCCAGACAAAUAAAACAACAUGUGGUGCUAGAGCAACUACAAGUCUUGAUACUGUUUUAAGUGUAGUUUGGUUGGGAAUGCAUCGUUGUCAAUAUUUUCCAAGUUACAAUGCUACAGUUGAUUGUAUAAAUUCGGAUGGAACGCCUUGUGAUUAUGCGGCUACAAAUGCCGUAAUUCUUACAGGCCCUUCUCCUUUCCCAUGGGCUUGGGGAAAUCCUUCAGGAUCUGACAGCGGAGGCGGAGCUGGUCUCAUUGAGGACUGCGUUUCAAUGUAUAAUGCCACAACUGGGGAGUGGAACGAUUUAUCAUGCUUCCAAAAAUUGGGUGGCGUCGUUUGUAAAAGAAAUUGUACAGGAACAUGUGGAAGUACAUCUAUCAAGAAUGCUUUAAUUACUAGCCCUUCUGACAUAACGGACACGAGUUGUACAUCGGGCAAUUGGACUAAAAGAACAGGAGAGGAUGGAAACACGUAUGGGUAUCGAGUUGUAAUGAAGGAUUGGCUUAAUUUUUAUGAGGCAAAUGCACAAUGUCUUGCGCUCGGAGCUGAAGUCGUAUCUGUUCAUAGCGCAGCUGAAAACGAAUUUAUUCGACAAUUAGCCGGCCCAUAUAUAACUGCGUGUCAAACAAACACAUCGGUGUGUGCCAGUAGAGUUUCUACUACUCAAGACAUUCAGUGGCGUUCACUCUGGUUAGGCUUGCACCGUUGUGCAUUUUAUCCUACAUAUAAUGCUACGGUUGAUUGCAUUAAUUCGGAUGGAACAAGUUGUGAUUAUCUUAACAUCACUGGAGGUCCAUCAGGAACAGAAACGGGAACAGCCUCUGGUCAACAAGAAGCAUGCGCUGCCAUGUACAGCGCAACAACUGGACAGUGGAAUGACAUAGCAUGCUUUAACAAAUUAGGCGGUGUAAUUUGUAAAAAGAACUGUUCGAACGCAUGUGGAGUUGCAUCAACAACUACCACACAAUUGACUACAACUACCACACAGCAAACUACAACUACAACCCAACCUUCCACUACAUCUACUGCUGAACCAACUACAACAACAACCUUACCAACUACUACAACUACUUUACCAACAACGACAACAACUCUGCCUACUACCACAACAACCGAACCAUCUACAACAACAACCUUACCCACAACCACAACAACCAUACCCACAACCACAACUACUUUACCAACUACCACAACAACCUUACCCACAACCACAACUACAUUGCCAACUACCACAACAACCUUGCCCACAACCACAACAACCUUGCCAACCACCACAACAACCUUACCCACAACAACAACAACCUUGCCAACCACCACAACAACCUUACCCACAACAACAACAACCUUACCCACAACCACAACUACUUUGCCAACUACCACAACAACCUUGCCCACAACCACAACAACCUUGCCAACCACCACAACAACCUUACCCACAACCACAACAACCUUGCCAACCACCACAACAACCUUACCCACUACCACAACAACCUUACCCACAACCACAACACCGCCAAUAAAUUGCGCUGAUUGUUCAGCUGGUCAAUCGAAAGUAAUAUACGAAAAAAAUACAUUGUUGAGUAAUCAAACAAUUAACAAUUUGGCAGCAACCGAGUGCAUCUACAAUUGCAAGGACAAAGACGUAUCCCAGGCUUGUUACAAUCCAAGUACUAUAAGCGUUGUUAGAAUUCGUUGUACCGAUUCUACAAAAUUCUGUGUUUGCACAUCUGACAAGAAAGGUUGCUUUACUGUAACUCAAAGUGCACCUCUCUACCAGGCCGAUUAUUUAAUUUAUGCCAAUGGUUUGAUUUUGGGAAAAAUACUCAAAAAUACACAUUAA